AUUACUAGCGGGAACAAUUAAUUCAGAACGAAUAUUUAACAGCUUCAGUGAUUUUUACCUAGAGUUAGUUUCGGUCCAGUCGCGUAGGCUUGAGCCGGUUGACGACGUUUUUUGAAUUGACUGUAAUCACUAUCUGAACGCCACACAUUUCACGUAACAUCGAAUAAUCUGGAGAGUUUCUGAAGCAAUGAUUUGGAAGUAUCUGUUGUUGCUGCUGGUUUGUUUGAUAUUUCACUCAAGCCAGGCACGUKUUGAACGAGCAUCUUCACAUAAAUGGAAAAAGCUCAACUGGGGGCCCGUAUGCUUUGAGGGUAAGGGCACCAAACCGGGUAUCUUCAAACCUCAUUCCGAGGGAUUUCUUGCAGCCGUUAAGCUCGUUCACUGGAGCGGCAAGAUUGUCUGCGCAUCUCGGGCGAGUCAUGAAAGCAACUGGGGAUGCCACAACUUUCCAAACCUCGUAAAAACCCCUUUGAAUGUCUUCAUUACCGAUGAGAGCAACCACAUCCUCUUCCCAAAGGUUGGAGCAAC